AUGUGUGCUUAUGCGAUUCAGGGAUCUAAGGCUGUCCCUCUGUUUCUUGCAGAAGAAUCUCCUUCUACUGCCUCCACCACACCAGACUCUACAGAUGGUGGGAACGAUGAGUCAGACUUUCCCGAGCUGCAGACGGCGCGGGAGUUCUCAGAGGAUGAAGAGGAGGCCUCCGUGGAGUGGGGGACGCCGCGGGAGCUGACCUUCUCCUACAUCACCAUCGCGGCACCCCCCAACAGCAGCCCCACUUUGGGGGAUCAUGGCCCUCGGGGCAGGCGAGACUCUCAGACCCGCCGGGCUCGGGCUCCUCUGCCCCGUACGGAGACCUGUGAGACUUUUGUGCCCGCCCUGGGGGACAGUUUGGAGAACAUUCCCAGCCUCUGCCCUUCCCCGGAGGGAGAGGGGGCUCCCCCUCCAGGCCACGGCCAUGGACUGGACCCCUUCACAGGCUGGGGGGUCCCUACGGGCUACAUCGACGAACCAGAGGGAGCGGAAGGGGAGGAGGCGGCGGCAGAUGCUCCUUGUCCCCGCCUUGUCAGACCGACCUUAGAAGCAGAAUGGAGCAGCAGUAGCAACUCCAGAGCAUCAUCCUCAGAUACUUCCCUGGAGGACCUCCCACCACCUGACGCCUUAGCACCCCCACCUGAGGAGGGAUGCCCUUGUGGUGCUGAGCCCAUCCAACGCCAAGCACCAUACACACCGGAGGAGGCUCUGAGCUCCCAACACCUAGCCCUGGAAGAAAUGAUGGAGGAGGCUCAUGAAGACGAGGAGGGCCUGGACCAGGAGCCAGUCACACAGCAGCAUCAAAUUGAGCCGGACCAAUCAGGAAACAUGCUGGAAAUGUUUGAUACAGUGGCAGACUUGGUAUAUUGGCGGGACACCCGCAAAUCGGCCUGCGUCUUCACCGUCUUCAUGGUGGCCCUGCUGUGCCUGCUCCACUUCAGCAUCAUCAGUGUGGUCUCCUAUGUCUCCCUGGCUGCUCUCACGGUCACCAUUGCUCUCAGGGUUUACAGCAAAGUGCUCCUGGCCAUUCAUCGGGGAGAGGGUCACAACCCCUUCCAGGCCCAGCUGGAUGCCGACUUUGGGCUGUCGAAAGAGCAGCUGGAGCACCUGACGGAGCGGGUGGUGUUCUACGUCACGUCGGGGACAAAGUCCCUCCAGCGUCUCUUUUUGGUGUAUGACAUGGUGGAGUCCAUUAAGUUUGCUUUCUUCUUCUACAUCCUCACCUACGUGGGAGCCGUCUUCAAUGGACUGACCUUGCUUAUACUGGGUGUGAUAAGUGCAUUUACCUUCCCACUGCUUUAUCGGCAACAUCAGACACAGAUUGACCAAUACGUGGGUUUAGUGAGGAAUCAGUUGAGUAACCUCAGAGCAAAGUAAGUCGCGUGUGGGUCCUGGGGACAGCUGGUGGCCCAAGCAGGGGAAGGGUCUCGCCCCCCCCGAUUAUGGGGUGCCUCCCAGCUUGGACCACAGGUGGCCUGCGGUGCGUUCCCUGACCCCUCCCCACGGGCCCUUCCCCGUUUCUCCCUCCAGUGGAGAGGGAGAUCAGACUUCUCCGUGGCCCGUUCUGCCUGCAUGCUUACACUUAUUCAUGUUACCCUUCUGGGGAAAAAGAGGC